AUGGCCGAGCAACUUGUUCUUCGCGGCACCCUCGAGGGCCACUCCGGCUGGGUCACCAGCCUGGCUACCUCGCUUGAGAACCCCAACAUGCUCCUGUCCGCCUCGCGCGACAAGACCCUGAUCAUCUGGAACUUGACCCGCGACGAGACCUCAUACGGCUACCCCAAGCGCAGCCUCCACGGUCACUCGCACAUUGUCUCCGACUGUGUCAUCUCCUCGGACGGUGCCUACGCCCUUUCUUCCUCCUGGGACAAGACUCUCCGUCUGUGGGAGCUCUCGACUGGCCAGACCACCCGCCGCUUCGUCGGCCACACCAACGAUGUUCUGUCCGUCUCCUUCUCGGCCGACAACCGCCAGAUCGUCUCCGCUUCCCGCGACCGCACCAUCAAGCUGUGGAACACCCUCGGUGACUGCAAGUACACCAUCACCGACAAGGGCCACACCGACUGGGUCUCCUGCGUCCGCUUCUCCCCCAACCCCAGAACCCCGUCAUCGUCUCCGCUGGCUGGGACAAGCUCGUCAAGCAACCGAUUGAUGAACAAUGCGCUGACAAGAUUUGACAUACAGGUUUGGGAGCUCGCUACCUGCCGCAUCCAGACUGACCACAUCGGUCACACCGGCUACAUCAACACCGUCACCAUCUCCCCCGACGGUUCCCUCUGCGCCUCCGGUGGCAAGGACGGUACCACCAUGCUCUGGGACCUGAACGAGAGCAAGCACCUUUACUCGCUCAACGCUGGUGACGAGAUCCACGCCCUUGUCUUCUCCCCCCAACCGCUACUGGCUAGCAAGGUUGACGAGCUCAAGCCCGAGUACGUCGAGGUUGGCAAGAAGAGCAGAGAGCCCGAGUGUGUCUCGCUCGCCUGGUCCGCCGACGGUCAGACCCUCUUCGCCGGUUACACCGACAACAAGAUCCGCGCCUGGGGCGUCAUGUCGAGAGCUUAA